CUGAUGAAGGAUGUCGAGGCGUUAUCCCUCGAGAAGUACGUGGACGAACUCCCCGCAGGAGUGGUAGAGGGCAUCUCUCGGUGCAAAACUGAGAAAGAUGUUUGGAGUGCGGUAGAGGUCAUCUCGGCACUACACCGCCGUUUCCCUACAACCUUUACGCCAGCCCUUAUCAGUGCCUUCAGUGCUGCGCUAACCGCACCCUCAAAGGCUGCUAUGGCGGCGUUGAAUCAAGAGCAACGCGAGAAGGAGGAUACUGCCCGAGUGACACGACAGCGGCCUGUUCUGCGUGUAUGCGCUGAACUCGCCCUUGUCGGAAUUAUCAGGGAUUCACCAAACAGGAGCGGUGGAGAAUGGAUCAUGAAAGUCGUUAGGGAAUUGCUUUCAAACGAUCCGACACUUUCGUCCCUUCCCCUGCUGUCAACUUUCCUCAAACCAUAUUCUCGCCCUUACCUCGGACUUGUACCACCAUCGUCUUCCAAGCAAAUAUCCGCAGCUUCUGAGCCUGGAACUCUGUCAGAGGUGACUACUAAGGAAGCGAAUGCUAAGGAGGACGGCAACAUCUUGGCCAAUGGUUCCGCUGCGCCAGCGAUCAAGGAGGAAGAUGAAUUGGUCGAGAAGGACAUCCGCGAUCGUUUCAAGAAAAUGUGUGAGGGCUACUUCGACAAUGUCUGCAAGAAGCUCGUGAUCGAACAUAACAGGCUGCAAGAACAAGACAGACGGAACCACGAGGCAUACAUCCGGUCGGGAGAGAUCUUUGAAGACAGGCAACAGGCGUACGAGAAGAUGACCAAGAGCUAUGAGAAGCUGCUCGCAAGUUGCCAGACGCUGUCCGAGCUGUUGUAUCUUCCCGUGCCGAAGCUACAGACUGCGUCACACAAGGCCGACUCUAUUCAGAUCGGUUCUAACACCGGCAGCUUACUCGGGGCCGACUCAGAGUUGAAUGACGACAUACGCGGCGGCAAGUGGGAAGACGAAGAAGAGCGCCGGUUCUUCGAGGAUAUCAUUGAUCUUAAGGACUACGUGCCCCGCGGCGUGCUCGGCAUCGAGGACGAGGACAAAGAUGAUACGCACGGCGAAAGCAAGGAAGAGAAGGAGCAGAAAGAGAAGGAACGUGUCGAAGAGGAGGUUAGGAAACUGGAAGAAGAGCUCGCGGACAUGGAAGUGAACGACAGUGUCAACGGCGCCUCCGCUCUGGAAAAGGGAGACGAAGAAGAGGGCGCAGAGGACGAUGACGGGGCGGCCACACCUACUCCCGGGUCGCCCAAGAUAUCGCCCCCUGGCACGCCGCAGAUGGCUCCGCAAGGACCCUCACAACUGCUCACAGCCCUCCUGGCUCGCCUUCCAGAUACAACAAAUCGCGCCCUCAUCGACCAGGCGGCGGUCGACUUCGCUUUCCUCAACUCCAAGGCUGCCCGCAAGAGGCUUGCCAAGUUCAUGAGUCAGACACCGAAGAACCGUCUAGAUGUCUUGCCUCAUUAUUCGAGGCUAAUUGCGACUCUCAAUAAGUAUAUGCCAGAUAUUGGCUCUGAGUUGGUCUCCGUGCUUGAUGAUGAGUUCCGUUAUCUUCAGCGCAAGAAGAAUGUCGUGAAGGAGCUUGCAGACGUGCGACGCAAGAACGUUGCCUUCCUUUCCAACCUCACAAAGUUCAAGGUCGUGCCGCCGCACGUGAUCCUGCACAUGUUCAAAGUUUGUCUCGACGAUUUCUCAGGCACGAAUAUCGAAAACAUUGCGAUGCUACUGGAAGGCUGUGGGCGCUUUUUGCUGCGCAGCGACGAGACAAGGCAGCCGUUCAGCAAAAUGGUCGAGCUCAUGAGGCGGAAGCAGAGCAUGCAACAUUUAGAUCAGCGUCAGCUGCUACUCCUUGAGAAUGCGUACUAUCAGUGUAAUCCGCCUGAGCGCACAGCCAUUCCACAAAAGGAACGCACGCCAAUGGAGCUCUUCAUCCGUCACCUGAUCUACGACGUCCUCACGAAGAAGACGAUCGACAAGGCGUUACGCUUGAUACGCAAGCUCGAUUGGAACGAUCUGCUCGUACAGAAAACGCUGCACAAGGUGUUUACGAAGCCCUGGAACAUCAAAUAUGGCAAUAUUGCGCUCUUGGCGAUGCUUACGUACGACCUCCAACGGUACUACCCUGCGUUCUCGAUCGCCGUCGUCGACCAGAUCCUCGAGGAUAUUCGGCGUGGUCUUGAGCAGAAUGUAUACAGCAUCAACCAGAGACGAGUUGCGGCGUUCAAGUAUCUCGGCGAGCUGUAUAUCUACAGGCUCAUCGGGUCGAGUAUCAUCUUCGACACACUUUGGACACUUGUUACCUUUGGUCAUCCUGAGGGCAGGCCAUUACCUGGCCAACCGUGCCCGAUCGACAUGCCAGACGACUUCUUCCGCGUUCGACUCGUCUGCGUGCUCCUCGACACCUGCGGGAUGUGCUUCGAUCGCGGCGCGCAACAGAAGAAGCUCGACAACUUCUUGACGUUCUUCCAGCGAUAUAUCCACUGCAAGGAUCCGUUGCCAAUGGACAUCGAGUUCAUGGUUUCCGACUCACUCGAGGCGAUUCGUCCAAGGAUGACACUCUUCAAAAAUUUCGAGGAGGCUGCGCUGGCCGUCGACGAGAUAUUCAACACUGCCUUGCAGGACGCCGGAGUAGCCACUGGUGAAGACAGUGGUGAUGAAGAGGACGAGGAAGGUAACGAGAGGAGAGAAGGGCACGAGGAUGAAGAUGUCGAAGCGCCGAACGAUUCACCGGUUGACGAACGACCACCAUCACCGGAUACCUUUGUCUUGAAAGCUUCGACCACGCAGGAGAACCUCGGCCCGUCAGAAGAAGACACGGCCGAGUUCGAGAAGGAGCUCGCGAAGAUGGUCACUGAUAACGCCGAGUCGCGGAAGGUGGACAAGAAGACCGCCCUCGCUCUUUGGGACCAGACUGUUCCGCCGCCAGUCCUGCGCAAGAAGCGCGCCGAGGAUGCUGAGGAGGUCCAACCGAAUGCCGCACAAGAGCCUAGCGUGAUGAAGUUUACACUGUUUACGAAGCGUGGCAACAAGCCACAGACGCGCGAGCUCGCUAUUCCUGCCGAGUCUGCUCUGGCAGUCCAGACGCGUACAGCACAGAUGCAAGACAAAGUGGAGCAGCAGCAGCUGAAGAGGCUGGUUCUGAAUUACGAGCAGCGCGAAGAGGCCGAGGAAUUACGAGCCUUGGAGGCACGCAACCGCGCCGGAGCCAUCAAGAUUCGUUACGUCGGAUAGUGCUUAGCCACUCGGUUGCUAUCGCCCGUUUGCAGCGCCCAGCACGAUCUCUCAGGUUGAGGCCUUCUGGGGCUCCAUUGCCCUGGCUCAAAGCCAUUCGCAUGCGAGCAUGCAUCGGCUUGAUGGCUCCCCAAUGCCUCCGCCCAACAUGGCUAGUAUAGACUCGUACCUGCAAGUCCUAGACGGUCCGCACUCUGUCCCUUGACUGCACUCUUGUCUAGGAUGACUUCUCUCCCUCGGCGGAGAAUAGUAUACGUGGUUAUCGUGUAGUUUUCACCUUUGUAUCGUUGCACAUAUUCAGUGAGAAAUGUU